CAUUUUCAUUUGGUAUUACAGACGAAUUCUUAAUUGUGCAAGGAGAAAAAUUAAUUUUAAAUUGAUUCACAUCUACAAAAGAAGAGACUGUUGUGCAAAAAACAACAACAAAUAACAGCAAUAUGAAUAGCAUAGAUCAGAAGAAGAUUACAAAAAAUUUGACUGUUUUACAAAAAGAAUUACAAGAUGAUGUGGACAUAAUAACGGACAAACUUUAUAAACAGAAGGUGUUUACACGAGAAGUGUGGCAGGACAUUUGCGAUACGAGAUGCCGUCUGCAAAAGUCAAAUUGCAGUUCUUUCAUCAACCAUUUAUUAAGAAGCGGAAAAGAUUCAUAUGCAAAGUUUAAAAACAUUUUGAUUGAUUUAGGACAUCAUAAACUUGUCACUGCAUUGGAGAAAGCCAGUAAAAAUGAGAAUGAACUCAAAUGGACAGAAGAUAGAGGGAAAACAUUUGUCAUUCAAGAUUUUAAACAUCCUGAAAGAAUCAGAAAACAAGCGUGGGCAGAAGAAAGCAAUGAGAAUAAAAACCAGGCAGCAGACGACAAAAUUGAAAAUAUCCACCUAGAGAGACUGGAAACAUUUGCCACUGAGAAGUGGGAUUGUAAAGAUAAAAACAAUAAUACAGUCAAUCUAGGGAAAGAGUUUAAGAAAGUAUUCAAAGAGGAGUCUUUUGAAGAUGAAGAGCUGACAAAACUUUUUAAGACCACAAGAUUUAAUAAAUUACCUGUAACAGCUGAAGGCCGAGCUUACUAACUUAUUAUCUAAGGUCUAGUUCAUAGAUAUCAAAACCAUAAUGUGAUUCUAAAGUUGAAUAAUUUAAGGACGUUAAAAUUUAAGGACGCUAAAAUUCAAGGACGCUAAAAUUCAAGGAAGCUGAAAUUUAAGGAUGCUGAAAUAUGAUUUUGUGGGUUUUGUUUGUUGAGAUCAUGACGGAACUUUCAAGGAGUGAAAUAGUGAAAAAGAAUGUUAUUUUUUUUAAACAUUUUUUUGUAAAAAAACAUUUUUCUUGUCAAUAUUGAUAAGUUUUAUUUUUGAUAGUCUUUAUAAAACAUGC